AUGGGCAUUCUCACCCUCAAGGAGGACAGGCCGACGCCGGCGGCCGUCUACAACUGGCGCGUCUACACUUGUGCGGCCAUUGCGUCGUUCGCCUCGUGCAUGAUCGGAUAUGACUCUGCUUUCAUCGGCACCACCCUCAGCUUGCCAUCCUUCACGGCCGAGUUUGAGUUCGCGAAGCUCUCCCAGCCCGAAUUAGCUCUGGUCCAGUCCAACAUCGUUUCUGUCUACCAGGCCGGGGCAUUCUUUGGCAGUCUGUUCGCCUAUGUCUCCAAUUGGUACAUCGGAAGACGCAAGUCGCUAUUCGUCUUUGUGGCAGUCUUCAUCCUUGGCGCUGGUAUGAUGCUGGGCGCCAACCGCGAGCGUGGCCUGGGUCUCAUUAUCGGCGGUCGAGUGCUCGCGGGUAUCGGCGUAGGCGCAUCUUCAAUGACCGUACCAAUCUACAUCUCUGAGCUCUCUCCUCCCGCUAUCCGAGGGCGUCUGGUUGGUAUUUACGAGCUUGGCUGGCAAAUCGGCGGCUUGGUUGGGUUCUGGAUCAACUACGGCGUCAACACAACCAUGGCGCCAAGCCACUCUCAAUGGCUCAUCCCGUUCGCCGUGCAGCUUAUCCCCGCCGGCCUGCUUGCCAUUGGCGCUAUCUGGAUCAAGGAAUCCCCCCGUUGGCUGUUUUCAAAAGGCAAGCGCGAACAGGCCCUGGCGAAUUUGUGCUGGAUCCGCAAUCUGGACGCGAAUGACAUGUACAUGAUUGAAGAGGUGAGCUACAUCGAUGAGGAGCUCGAGCGUUACACGCGUGAGGUCGGCGCGGGUUUCUGGAAGCCUUUUGCUUCCCUGAAGCAAGGCAAAGUCAUGUACCGAUUCUUCCUCGGCGGCAUGCUGUUCCUAUGGCAGAACGGAUCCGGCAUCAACGCCAUCAACUACUACAGUCCUACCGUGUUCAAGAGCAUCGGCAUCACGGGUACCAACACCGGCUUUUUGACGACUGGAAUUUUCGGUGUGGUCAAGACGGUCGUCACUUUUGUAUGGCUACUGUACAUGAUUGAUCACCUUGGUCGACGCAAAUUGUUGAUGAUCGGUGCCCUUGGCGGCUCGGCAUGCAUGUGGUUCAUCGGAGCCUACAUCAAGAUUGCCAACGUGACCAACGGCGGCAACGGCCAAUUGAGCGGUGGCGGCAUCGCUGCCAUCUUCUUCUUCUACCUAUGGACUGCCUUCUACACACCUUCGUGGAACGGUACGCCAUGGGUUCUGAAUUCAGAGAUGUUCGACCAGAACACGAGAGCACUCGGCCAGGCUUCCGCCGCGGCUAACAACUGGUUUUGGAAUUUCAUCAUCUCUAGGUUCACCCCGCAGAUGUUCUUGACCAUGAAGUAUGGCGUCUAUUUCUUCUUCGCCUCGCUCAUGAUCAUGUCAUGUAUCUUUGUUUACUUCCUCAUCCCCGAGACCAAGUCUAUCCCACUCGAGGCUAUGGAUCGCUUGUUCCAAGUCAAGCCAAUCCAGAAUGCCAACAAGAUUGUCCUGGAAGAAUUGGAGGCCCGCGAUGAAGAGUUCCGCCAUAACGCCGAAGGAGUUGAUUUCAGGAAGGAUAACAAGCAGGACUUUGAGCAGAAGGAAACCGUUUAG